AUGCUUGACUUCCUCUCGCCGCGAAAGCUGUUGACACAGCUCACCCUGGGCGCUGGCCUGGUUGCUGCUCAGCUCCAGACUAUCACCAACUUUGGACCGACGUACAGCACCCAGCUGCAGAUGCAGGCCUACAUCCCCAACAACCUGCCUUCUAACCCGGCUGUCAUUCUUGCCCUGCACCCCUGUGGUGGUAGCGGAUCGGGCUAUUUCCAGCAGACCAAGUACAGGUCGCUCGCCGACUCUCGCGGCGCGAUCCUCAUCUUCCCUUCGUCCCCCAAGGAUUUCAACUGCUGGGAUGUCGCCAGUGCCAAGACCCUCAAGCACGACGGCCAGGGUGACAGCCAGGUCCUGGUCAGCAUGGUCGACUAUGUCAUCCAGCGCUACAACGCCAAUCGCAACAAGGUCUUUGUUACUGGAACCAGCUCCGGAUGCAUGAUGACCAACGUUCUCAUCGCGACGUACCCCGACCGUUUCGCUGCUGCCACAUGCUACUCUGGCGUUGCUGCCGGAUGCAUGGCCGGAUCUCCAGGAUCCAGUCCCAUCAGCUCUGACCGUGUUUGCUCUGACGGAAAGGUGGUCAAGUCUGGACAACAAUGGGCCGACCAAGUCAAGGCUAUGUACCCUGGCUACAGCGGUUCUUACCCCAAGUUCAAGACCUGGCACGGUACUGCUGAUAACUUGGUUGUUUAUCAGAACUUCCUUGAGCAGAUUAAGGAGUGGUCUACGCUCCAUGGUGUUUCCUUCACUCGUGACCAGGCGAACACUCCUCAGAGCGGCUAUACUACCAAGAUCUACGGAGAUGGAACCAAGUUUGUAGCUGUUUCUGCUGCUGGUGUUGGACAUGUUGUGCCUGCUCAUGAAGAUGAUGAUUUCAAGUGGUUCGGUCUCUAG